CCGGGGACAUUUUCCACAUUUUGUUUGAACGUCUUCACGUCUCUUUCUCUCUCCCCGUUUCCUAGUCUCCCGUAGCUUUCUUUCCCCUUCGAAGAAGAAAAGCGCGGGAUAGCGCCCUAUACCUAGUUUAUGCUUCUCUAAUCUUCCAUCGAUUUCUAGGGCUUCGAACUUCGAGUCAUCUCUUCACAUUCUCCGCCGGAGCGCCACCGGAGUUCAAGCCCCCAGCAAUGGCGACCGCUCCAACUUCCGCCGGUACGGGGACAACCGCCAAGUCCGUCGACGCAUCGCUCUGGUGGGACUCGUUCAGUGUCUUACUUACCGAGCUCGAGGACGCUUCUCCCUCCGGCGACCUCCCGCCGCGCCUGGCGAAGAAGUUGAAGGACAAUCAUGCGUGGUUCUUGGACACCGUUUCUCGCUUCGGGGCCCCGAAUGAGAAAUCGAGAGACGCUCUGAAGUCUAGCCGAGUUAAAGUGGGGUCGCAUCAGUUGACUGUGCGGCCUGAAUUGAAAGAUACGGCGCUGAAAAUCAGUUCACUUUUGUGUUUGGAUGAGGUUCAGGCAUAUAUUCUUGUUGAAAGGUCUAUUGAGAGCAACAUUCUGGCCAUUGAUAAUGUUGUUGACGAGCUUCUUCAUUUGGUAAUGCUUCAGUACUAUAUUGAGCGACAAUGCCUGUUGAAGUGCACUAGACAGAUGUUCAUGCAUGCAUUAAAUGUUGAAACUUCAAAAAAAGGUAGCAUGGUAAAGGAGGUGGUUCAAAAGCUGAUAUCUGAUGGUCUAGAAAGCAGACUACUAUCUGUCAUGCUAGAUCUUCUAUCCUGCAGUCAACCUGAGCACAUGGAUGCUGACCUUUUCACUCUAUGGGCUGAGGAAACACUGAUUGAAGACAAUUUGGUCCUUGAUAUUCUUUUUCUUGCUUAUUACGAGUCCUAUUGUACUUGUAAUGGCAAACAGUGGAAAGAACUGUGCUUGCUUUAUGAGAGAAUUAUAUCUGGGUCUUCUAAUUUUGGGAAGCUGGCAAUAUCAGCCGAAGCGGUGCAGUCCAUUUGUCAUGCUAAAGUUCAGUUGCUUCUUAUUCUCAUAGAAACCUUGGACUUGGAAAAUCUUCUCCAAAUGAUUCACGAUGAGAUGCCUUUCAGGCAGAGCUCUACUUUUUCCUUUAGCAACAUUCAAGAAAUGGAUGCAAUCAUUUCCAGUUUCAAUGCUCUUGAAACAAAAGAAGCAGGCCUGCUAAUUCUAUCAUGGGCAGUAUAUCUUUGUCUUAUUUCAUCUCUACCAGAAAAACAGGAAAAUAAUGUGCUAAUGGAUAUUGAUCAUGUUGGUUAUGUACGUCAAGCAUUUGAGGCUGGGUCUUUGAGUUAUUUUCUUGAAAUUCUUCAAAGUGAUAUUUUGAAGGAUUCAGAUGGUCCUAAUGCUGGUUAUCGAAGUGUCUUGAGAACAUUUGUCUCAGCAUUCAUUGCUUCUUAUGAGAUCAGUCUUCAGUUGGAGGACAAUACCCUUAAACUGAUACUGGAUAUCCUAUGCAAAAUUUAUCGAGGAGAGGAGUCACUUUGCAUUCAGUUUUGGGAUAGGGAUAGUUUCAUUGAUGGUCCCAUCCGCUGUCUUCUCUGCAACCUAGAGGGCGAAUUUCCAUUCAGGACUGCUGAGCUUGUUCGUUUUUUAUCUGCCCUUUCUGAAGGAUCUUGGCCUGCCAAGUGUGUGUACAGUUUUCUUGAUAAAUCUGUUGGUAUAUCAUCUUUGUUUGAGAUAAGUACCGACUCCUUCAUUGAUAAAGAUUCUCAGAUUGUUGAAACUCACCUGCCCUUGUGCAUCCCUGGGGUUGAAGGUUUGUUUAUCCCUGCAAACACACGCGGGCAUAUUUUGAAAGUAAUUGAGGGGAAUACUGCUCUUAUACGAUGGGAGUAUUCAGUAUCUGGUGUGCUUGUGUUGCUCUUGCAAUUGGCCCGGGAGCUUUAUUUGGAUAGCAUGGAGGAAGUGCAUGUCACUCUUGACUUGCUCAGUCGACUGGUAUCCUUCAACAUGGCUAUAUGCUAUAGUUUGUUGGAAAUUGGCAACUCCCCUCGUCUUGAAGGCACUCACAUGAAUGGGCAUAUGGACACAUACGUGAGUGCCAAUGCAAUUGAGAUCAUUUGCUCCUUGGUGAAAAAAAUUUCUCCCACUUGCAGUGGUGCAUUAAUUAUGUCGAUGAGUGUUAAUAUUUUGUCGAAGAUGAUAAAAUGCUCGCCAUCUCUUAUUACUGUAGCAGUUGUAGACAUGAACAUCUUUGAUGUGGCCAGGAUGAAUCCCUUCCACAUUCGCUACAAUGAUUUGUCAAGUGGCUCAUGGCUGCUUUCUGGAAGACUUGCAAAUAUGCUACUUAUCGACUGUGAACAUAAUGCCAGCAGCUCAUUAACUCUUUCAGUGCUAGAUUUCACCAUACAGCUUGUGGAGACAGGAGUAGAAAAUGAUGUGGUCUUGGCUCUUGUUGCUUUUAACCUUCAGUAUGUUUUAGUUAAUCACGAGUACUGGAAAUACAAGGUGAAGCAUGCCCGCUGGAAGGUCACACUGAAGGUCCUUGACUUGAUGAAAAAAUGCAUUUUAUCAGUUCCCUACUGUCAGAAACUGAGUGAUGUUGUCCGGGAUAUUUUGGUUAGUGAUUCUUCCAUUCACAAUGUCCUCUUUCGAAUUGUUUGCACAACUGCACAGGCUAUAGAGAAACUCUAUGUAUGCCGAUUUUAUGAGCUGAUGGAGAUUGAAGGGUUACAGCAGGCAAUAUGUAAUGUGUUGGAUAUUCUUGUUAUCAUGCUUUCUAAUCCUACACAGGAUACUUUUCCCGGCCUUCCCGUGUUUCACCAUGCCAUGCUAUCACCUUCAACCAAGCCAAUUCCUGUUGCUACUGCCAUGAUAUCCUUGAUUUCAUUCUUUCGCAAUCCUAAAAUACAAGUGGGGGCAGCAAAAGUAUUGUGUAUGUUAUUUGCUCUUACUGACUGUUCAGAACAAUAUUUGUUUGGGAAUGCAUAUUUUGAUCUCGAAGAAAAGCAGAUUUUAUAUCUGAGGCGUUCUAUCAACAGCAUUCUAUAUGAGCAAUCUCCAUCAAAUGAAGAUCUCUUUGUUGCAAUGUUUAAACUUCUCAUUUCUGCAGCACAUUAUCAGCCUGCUUUCCUUCUUGCUGUAAUUGCUGAGAACGAAACUACAGAUGUUCAGGCAAGUGAUGCCAAUGGUACGAAGCAUUUGAAUGAUGUUACCACUAGGUUACUGGGAUUCACUGAUGCCAAUCCCAUGGCUGCAGUUCUGGAAUAUGUCGGACAAUCCAAUGAUCUUAUCAACAGCAAUCCUCGUAUACUGCUGAAUGUCCUAAAUUUCCUUAAGGCAUUAUGGCAAGGAGCUGCUCAGUUUACAAAUAUUUUGGACUGUGUAAAAAGCUCAGAGAAUUUCUGGAAACAGUUAACCAGUAUUUUGCAAAAUGUUAGUAAUGAUGCUAAGUUAUGUGGACGUAUGAGUGAAGUUGAGGUUCUUAGCAUAGCAUAUAGGCAUCAGUGCCAGUCGUCUGUUCUGAAAAUAUUGGCUUAUGAGUCAUUCCUGCAGAAGAAGUUAUUACAUGCAGAGUCUCUUGUACAACAAACUGGAGUUACAUACAAGGAUCAAAUUGAAAAAACCAAAGACGAAAGCCAUUUUUGUUGGAAGCGUGUUUUGUCUACCUUGCAUGGUGGAUCAAUUUUGGAUAACCUGAUCAAGUCAUAUGCGUCAUGUGAAUAUGACAAUGAGUUGUAUCUUCGAGCAAAGGUUGCUGCAGGUAUAUUCUCUGUGCAUGUGAUGGAAAAAUUAAGAACUGGUGAUACGGGAAGUUUGUCUGUAUCAUUAAUUGAAAAGAUCCGCAUCUUGUUCAAAAAGUUGAGUGAGCUGCCUUCUUUUUCAGAUUUGUUGGGCCAAUACACACAACAGGGUUACAGUGAAGGAAAGGAAUUGCAGAGUUUAAUACUUAGCGAUCUUUACUAUCAUUUACAAGGGGAGAUUGAAGGCCGUAAAGUUGAUCCUGGGCCAUUUAAAGCUCUAUCUCAGUAUCUGAUUGACUCAAAGUUUCUGCAAACUUAUCAGCACAAAUAUGAUGGGGACCUCUUUGGACAUGCCAAGAAUGUAUACUUGUUUGACUCCUUACGAUUACGAUCAGAUUUGGGAUUAGACAUGUGGGAUUAUUCCAACUGGAAAGCGUCUAAGGCCAUUGCAGAAAAUAUGUUGCUUUGCUUGGAGGAUCUGAAUUCUAUGGUGUUGCUUACAAGUUCUAAGCUUUCUGCAUUGAAAUCAUUGACAACUAUCUUAUCCAUGAAUGAGGAUGUUUCAAGUGAGAAGGCUGAAAGAAUUGAUAAGAAGAUUCCACAGCAACUAAUUGACUCUUGCAUAAAUCAAUUAGGCAGCUGCCUGCAAGCUGCUAUUGAGUCAUUAGUUUCACUUCCUGAUGCUUCAGAAAAUAUCCUUGAAUUCAUUGCAGCUCAAGUGGAACUACUACUCCAUUUUGUUAGAUUUGCUCACAGUAGUCUGUCCAUGCCAACAUGUGUGCUCAUAUUAAAAGUUUCAGGUUCUGGCCUCAAAUUGUUGAGUGACCUCAGGAUAUCAGUUUCAUCAGUUAAAGAUACAGUGAAGCUUUCCCUAAUGUUGCUUCUCUCAUCAGUCAUAUCAAGCUGCAAAAACUCACAUUUAGAUGGGGCAAUAGAGAUGGAAUCUGUUGAAGCCUUUGCUGAAGCAUCUAAUGCAAGUCUGGGGCUACUACCAGUCCUUUGCAGCUUUGUUGAACAUGCUGACAAUUGCACUCUCUCUCUUGCUGUUAUUGACUUCAUAUUGAAAAGUUUUUUGAUGCCCAAUACAUGGUUCCCCAUAAUUCAGAAACAUCUCCAGUUGCAGCAUCUUGUUCUGAAGCUUCAACAUAAGAAUUAUUUUGCUUCUGUCCCAGUCAUAUUGAAGUUCCUAUUAACUAUUGCACGUGUGAGGGAUGGUGCAGAGAUGCUUAUGUCCGCUGGUUUUCUCUCCUCUCUGAAAGUAUUAUUUUCUGACUUAACAGAAGGCAACUCUUUUUCUAUAAGUGAAAGUAAGAGGAGCCUCUUCAACUUGUCCGACAAAAUUGAGAAGCCCCAAUGCAUCUGGGGACUUGGCUUAGCAGUAGUCACUGCUAUAGUUGAGUCUUUGGGGGACAGUUCUUCCUGUGCUGAUAUUGUGGACUAUGUCAUUGCUUACUUCUUCUCGGAGAAAGCUCAUCUAAUUUCUUAUUAUCUUGAUGCCCCAGCAUUUCCAUCAGGUGAUCAUGACAAGAAAAGGGCCAGGGCCCCGAGAUCUGAGACCUCUUUAAGUGCUCUUAAAGAAACAGAGAAUACCCUUGCACUAAUUUGUGAGUUAGCAAAACAUUGGCAUUCAUGGACGAAGGCAAUGAAGGAAAUGGAUUCACAAUUGCGGGAAAGAAGCAUCCAUUUACUAGCUUUCAUUAGCAAGGGAACUCAAUACCUUGGAGAAUCUCCUAGCAAAACUGUGCCUCUCUUGUGCCAUCCUGUCCUGAAGGAGGAGUUUGAAUGGUACAAAGAACCAUCAUUUAUUAAUGCUAGAAGGGGCUGGUUUGCUCUUUCCCCCCUUGGUUAUGGGUCAAAUCCUAGGUUCUCUGCUGCGUCCUCCAAAACGACUGCUCUAGGAGUCAAGGGUCAAGGAACUGAAGCUACCAAUUCAUCUUCUCAAACAUAUUUCUCUGACACAAUUGCAAUACAGAUGUAUAGAAUUGCAUUUCUUCUUUUGAAAUUCCUGUGCCUUCAGGCUGAAGGUGCGGUUAGAAGGUCCGAGGAGGUGGGAUUUAUUGACCUUGCUCACUUUCCUGAACUUCCAGUGCCCGAGAUCUUACAUGGCUUGCAGGAUCAAGGAAUUGCAGUUGUCACCGAAUUGUGCGAAGCGAACAAAUUGAAGCAGGUACCACCCCAAAUUCGGGGAGUCUGUGUCUUGCUACUGCAAAUAACAGAGAUGGCUUUAUACUUGGAACUAUGUGUCUCCCAAAUUUGUGGCAUUAGACCUGUUCUGGGACACGUUGAAGAUUUCAGCAAGGAACUAAAAUUGUUGAUGAAAGCAACCGAGGGGCAUGCCUUCCUGAAAGGGUCAAUGAAGUCCUUGAAACAAAUAGCAUCUUAUGUGUAUCCUGGCUUGUUGCAAAACGAUGGGUUCUUUUGAGAUAUUCUUGGUGCUAGAUGAUUUCUGUAUCCUCUCUUGGGCCAUGCUCAUCUCAUGUAUCUCCUGAAAAUUGACAACAAUUUUUUACAAUGACUUGUGCUUGUUCUAGUUUUUA